CUUGAAGUUCAGAAAGUCAGUGCUCCACUUCAUUCAACAAUCAAUUUGGGUGAAAAUCAAGAAGAGGAAGAAGAACAGAUCGAAAAUGGGGAAGCCAUUGGGAACGACCGGAGAGUUUUUCAGGAGAAGGGACGAGUGGAGGAAGCAUCCUAUGCUGACCAAUCAAUUCCGCCAUGCUUUCCCUGGCCUUGGCAUCGCUGUCGUAGCCUUCAGCAUCUACUGUGUUGGCGAAUUUGCUUACAAUAAGAUGUCUACCCCUUCUCACUCCACCUCUUCAGCCGCUGCUUCUCACUCUCACUGAGAUUCGACAUGGGUCGUGCUAGUAGUGAACCCCAAUUGUCUCUUUUGGUGAGGUGGUAGUGCAAGAACAGGGAUGACAAUACAGUUCAGUGGUGUUUUUUCUCAGUAAUCAUCAAUAAGAUAUUUAACAAAAAUGGACAUGUUGCCUCAAAUUUUUUUCGAGACUUGUGUUGUAACAAGAUUAAUGAGCAGUUUGCUUUACUAUGCAUUACCCUCUCUUUCGUGGUUUUCUAUGAAUCUACUAUUCCAUGA